AUGGACCAGCCUUUAGCCCUUCAACAGCAGCAGCAGCAGCCUCAUGAUGAACAGCCCGCCCCAUUUGCGGAGGAUAAGGCUCCCGCCAAGCCGCCUAUCGUAAGAGGCGCCCGAGCCUGCACUGUCUGCAGAGCUGCAAAGAUGAAGUGUGUCGGUGCCGACGACGGAAAUAACAUUCCCUGCCAGCGCUGCAAGCGAUCGGGUGCAGAAUGUAUUUUCGAGAAGCAUCGUCGCGGUCGUAAGCCCGGUUCGAGACUGUCAGAAGCGUCAAAGAUGCUGCGUCGUCUCGAGAAAGGCCUUAACAACGCGAAGCAAAAGCACCCUGUCAACAAUAGCCUGACGUUGCCCCCUUUGGGUCCUCCCCGUGCUGGAGGGAGCCGCUAUCGUCCAGAUGAGGAAGCCGGGCCGAGCGGCUCUCACUUUGCUAGCAACGAAUUGCCACCGCUUAACCUUCCGCCGCACCUGCAAGAGCGCUACCCCCGUUCCCACGAUGCGUCCGACUCUGAGAUGGACGAGGACGGCGAGGUGGACGACGAGAACGGGAUGUAUCCUGCGCGGCUGAUUAAACAGAACGCCCGGCACUCUUCCUUCUUCAAAACCAUUCUUAACCCUGAGCAGGUUGACGUUCCUGUGUCGCGCUCGGCAGGUAGCUCGGAGCGGGCGUUCUCUCAAAAUCCCCAGUCGCCUUCUUUCCCUUCGCACCAGGCGCCGACCUCUGUCAACUCAUUGUUUGGUAGUAACUCCCCUCUGAAGGACCCUGUCGAGGCUGGACUCAUUGACCUGAAGAAAGUCGAGCAUCUCUGGGACAUGUUCUACAUUCGUCUCAAUCCCUUCAUUAACCUCUUUGAUCCUGCCCUACAUUCGGUCGAGUACGUCCGCCAACGUAGCCCCUUUCUCUUCACCGCACUUGUGAUGGCUUGUUGCAAGUUUUUCCAGCCCGAACUGUACCAAUCGGUACUCCGGCUUGCACAUGACUUCGCUAUACGCGCGUUCGCGGAGAACUGGAAAAGCGUCGAGGUGGUGCAGGCAUUCGCAUGCAUGACGUACUGGAAGGAGCCCGACGAUACUCGGACAUGGACGUACAUCGGAUAUGCAUGCCGGAUGGCGGUCGAGCUCGGGCUGAAUCGCUACGUCGGAAAGCGCGCGGUGGGUGAGGCGGAGCCGCAGAUGCGCGAGCGGCGGAAUCGCGAGCGCACGUACCUCGUGCUGUUCGUGCAUGAUCGCAGCCUGAGCAUGCAGACGGGGAAGCACUGGAUGCUGCCUGCGGAAGACCUGCUCGUCUCGCACGCGAGCACGUGGCACGAGGAGGGCGGAAUACCGAUGCGCCAGGAGGACGUGGUCGUCGCGGCGUUCACGGAGCUACGGCGUAUUGCAGCGGAGACGACGGAUGUGUUCAAUAUGCACCAGGGCGGACGGGGCCCGAACAAUCAGGAUUGCAAUUAUGAGAUGUUAUUGAGAAACUGCAACCAGAAGCUGAAUGGAUGGCUGUCGAAUUGGUGGCAAGAGAUGGAAAGAGCGCGCGGAUCGUCAUUCCAUUUUAGCUUUAUGCAGUUUUUCCAGUUGCAUGUCAGGUUGUUCCUCAACACGUUCGGGAUCAACUCGCCCAGUAAUCAGGGCUCGGGCUCGCCCAUCAACGUGCAGGCGUUGCACAUGUGCUACACGAGCGCGAUGGACAACCUGAGGAUUAUGGCGGACGACUUUGCCAAGCUGCAGAUGCUUCGCUACGGCCAGGAUUCCACCACUGUUAUGACUGCAUACUCUGCCGUUGUUCUCAUGAAGUUGCUCCGAGGCCCGAAUCGCCUUGAUGAGCUUAAAGAAGGCGCCGUGCAGGAGAUUCACAACAUGAUCAUGAAGACGGCCAAGGCGUACCAGGACGCAGCGCACCUCUCGCCUGCCUCCUCUUCCGCAGCGUAUCACGCGCGGUUCCUGCAGUCGCUCGUGGAGAACGAUCUGCACAAGAUGCGGCAGCGGGAGCUUCAGCAGCAGCGGGUGGAGUUGAAGCACGACACGGCGUCACCGUACCCAUCGCGUACGCAGCUGCCACACUCGCCGGUGAACACGAACGGGCACGCGCCACAGGGAUACGGCCACCAGCAGCAAGUAUACGCGCCGUCGGUAAUGCAGGGCGGGCAAGUGGGGCAUAGCAACGGAUUCCACACACCGUCGUCGAGCGUGACGAUGUCGGUGUCUCCGAUCGGUUCGUAUCAGCACUCGAAUGGAUAUGUGAACCCGCAUACUCGGGAGGCCGAGUAUGCGGGUACCAUGGUGGACGGGCAGCGAAACGAUGCCAUGUGCAACUAUAGCCUGUCUGGGAUCUCGACGACGUACAGCCAGUAUCUCGCGCAGCCGCUUAACCAACAAAACGAUAUGUGCAUGCGGAACGUGCUGGAGGAUCUGGGCUUCGGCGAGGGUUCGGAGUCGGUGUAUACGAGCGGGGGAUACCAAGCGGGCGUGGUGGGCCAGACGGGCGCGAUGCCGCCUGCGCAGACCGGGUAUAGCGUGGUGAGCUACCGCGAGAGCGAGAAUGGGUACGCGACGCACCAGCCGGCGCAACACUAUGCGUACUCGAUGAUGGGUCCGUACCAGACAUCGGCGUGUGGCGGGCGGUGA